UAAUAUCUGAGUAAUUACAGCCAUUUUGCCAGAACCACUUACAUUUGAAAAACAACAUCUAAGAACGUGUUGUUGGCACCAUUGAACAUCAUUGAUGUCACCUUUUCAUCACUUAUCAUUUCUAUAAAUCUGUUCUUUAUUUCUCUGUUGACGCAUUUUUUAUGUUUGAUAUUAUCUGUGCCUAUUUAUUCAUGAUCUGGGCUCGUUGGUCUACUCAACAUCAAGAACCGGACUAUACUUAAACAUUCUUAAGAAGUUCAUUCCCGGCUUUUGGUUUCGGCGAGAUGGUAAUGUAGUUCGGACGGAAGAGACCAGGAUCAAUUAUGGAACAUUGAGACGUAUUAACCAAUUCUCGAACGGACCACAAGAGGGCGAUAAGGGACCAGUAAAGUGAUGACUAGCGCGGCUGGGCAAAACCUUGUUUUAGACUUUUCUGCGGCGUCGGUGUGGGCGCAACAGGUGUGACGCUCCGACAUCACCUGCCAAGCAGCCGCGGUUCCCGGAGACCAUGACGCCGAGGCAGGAGCUGUGAGUCUCCGGUGAGCCUCCGAGUUCCUGGGAGCGAAAGAGCUGGAGCGCAGCGAGGACUUCCAGCGCCGCGACUACUAAUUCCUUCGGACGCAAAGGGCGGGUGUGGGGGGGCUUCUCGGGAUGUCAGCGAGGAGUUCCGGGGACCUGGUGCCGAAGGACAUCAGCGACAUCCUGGCCAGGGAGAGCAAGGCCCACAAGAGCAAGAAGCACCGCGGGGGCUCCCUGAGCCGGGCCUUCAGCUGGCUGAAGGGCAAGAAGAAGAAGAAGAGCCCCAGUGGGGCGCAGGUUCGAGGCGGAAAAGGAGGCGACGCCAAGGGCAAGCAGCACCCCCCCGGAGACCCGACAGCCAAAGCCGCGCCCAAGCCAGAGGACGAUGGCAAGCUCACGGUCCACUUCAAGGCAUCGGCGCUCUUCCAGGAGAACGUGUUCAUCGAAGGCAGCCGGCCGCAGUACCUGGAGGACCUGCACAGCGAGGCGCAGGAGGGGCUGAAGAGUCUCCAGCUGGAAGAAAACGAAAAGGAAAACGGACUGCACCACCGGGAUGACCAAAGUAUCAGCUCCUCUAUGACCCUACAGCCCGAGUCUGAGGCCGUGUACAGGAACAGGAAAGGAUCAUUAGAGUCCACAAGCACAACAGCAGACACCGUAUCAGCUGUAUCAACACGCUCUGCACUGGUGCGCGCAGGCUCUACCUUCAAGCCAUGCAAUAACCCUAAAAAGCCAGAAAAGACCAAAAAGAGAAGCCGAAGGACCACUAUAAUGGGAAUACCACAACAUGUCCAAAAGGAACUAGGGAUUGAUAGAGGCUCAAGAAUACACCACAGUGUAGAUGGCCCAGUCUCAUUCCAGCUGGCAAACGGAGGCGAUGGUUCUGUGGUUAUACCAACCAUUGAUGGAGAAGUGCAUGCAGCUAAUCAUGAGGGCGCCAGGGUCCACCUGCAGGCUAUUGAAGCCAGCGAAGAGAAGCUCCUGAAGCGUCACAUAAUGGCAGUUUACAAAGACGACCUGGCCUUGAACCAGAAAGUUGGCCCCAGGUUCUCUCCCAUACAGAGGCCGAAAUCCCUGGCUGUGCCGGGAAUGACCACGCACAGUGUUAUGCACGAGCCUCCAAGCCCCGUGAUGUCCAUGUCGCCCCAGGCUACUUACAUGUCCAAGAUCAUACCCAACGCCAUCCUGCCUGCCUUGGUGGAUGUCAUAGAGAUUAACAGAAGCCGCAGCAGGAGCAGCGUUCGCACCGUCAGCAAGAGCAGCCUGGUGACGGCCAGCCCAGCCUCCACCCGGUCCAGUAUGCGUUCAUCUGCCCGCAACUUCAACACGCACGACCUCUCCUCCAACAGCUCCAACUGGAGCCACUCCCAGUCUUCCGAGACCAUCGUGUCCAACUCCUCCACCAUUUCCUCAAAGGGCAGCGCCAAGAAAUCCCGGGCCCAGAAUGGUACGGAAGAAUGCCUUCCCAAGAAGGAGAAGUGCGACCGGAUGAGCGUCAAUAGCUCGGUCAGCUGGGCGAGCGCCUCCUGCAGCCUGGCCGCCAAGCACAGUGGAGGCUCUACGUCCCCGGCUCCUAGCACGAGCAGCAUGGUGGAAUGCUCCGACACCGCCAGCAUCCAAAGUGACCGCUCCUUCAACCGGAACUUAUCGGUGAUGAAGAUGAAAAGGCCCCCUGCCCCCCCAAGGAGGACAUAUUCCCUGCACCAGGACAAGCUGAAACUGGAGCACCAGGUGGACGAGGUUUUCUCACCCGGUUCCCCCAGCAGUGCCCAUUCUGGGAGUCCGGCUUAUUCUGCAGACUGCAGCUCUCCAGAUGAUUCCAGAUCUCCUGAGGCGGCCAGCCCACUCGCUGAAGACCAGAGGGCAGGUAGAAUUGCUGUACUGAAGGAGAGUCCGGGUUCGAAUGACUCUUCCCCACAGAAACUACACUCCCUUGGGAGCAAGUUUGAGAGGACCUUGUCUCCUUCCAGCGGCUACUCCAGCCAGAGUGGCACCCCCACUCUCUCCACCAAAGAGAUAGCUGUUUCACCUUCUUCACCAGGCAGGCAGAAAACCAGGCCAGCAAAACCAGAGAGAACUGGCUCCCGGUUGUCUCCUGGCAUUUCCGUCUCCUCCUCAUUGACCUCUCUGUCAUCGGCAACAUCAGAGGCUGUUCACCAAGAGACUUCGACCAAUGCUCAGCUUGUGCAGCCUAAACCUUCUUCUCCCGUUGUGUCCGAGAGUGCUGAAGCAAUCGCCUCACCUGCCGUAGUGAAGCUCAAAGAGAUGUUUGAAAUUCCACCACCGCCAAAGGUGAAAGCACCUUCUCCUCCUCCUCCUGAGACAUGGGUCAACAAAAUGCGGACCUUUGAGAUAUUGUAUGGCCAUAGUGUCAUUACAAAUAGAUUUGCUACCAAGCAGAAGCAGCAGCAGCAGGAAUCGCCGAGGGAGGUUUGCUCAGUGGAGGAGCCAGGAAGUCCAACACAAGCGAAGAACGAGACUCAAGCAGUAGAGAAAACUGAACUUUCAUCUGCCCAGCAAGAGUGUCCAGGACAAAGCAAGAUGGAGUCUCCCCCUCUGCAGAAACUGGAGAGCCCAUCCCAAAGUAAGAAAGAGCUACCAGCAGCACCUAAGCAGGAAAGUCCACCAGCUCAAAAGAAGGAGCCCCCUCCAGUAAUGAAAAAGAGCAGCCCAGCUGUGCAUAAGAAGGAAUCUGUGCCAUUGGUUCAGAAGAGUCCAUUACUACAGAACAAGGAGAUUUCACAAGAGGAGAAGAAGCAGAACCUUCCCCUUGAGAAGACGAUGACCCCAACACCAGUUGCACAGUACCUUGCAGCUCCAGCUCCAGCAAAAGUAGGCCCUUCGCCACCCCCUUCUCCUCCCCCUGCUCAUCAUCCACCCCCACCCCCUGCCAAGAAGACCCCUACCUCAUCUGUUUCUUCCCUCCCACCUGAGCCUCUCCUGGAGACCCCCGGACCCGAAUCCACAUGGCCACCUCCUCCCCCUCCAUUGGACGAACCGGUAGCCGUCGUGGUUACGCAGGAUGAGCUGGACUUCUCCUUCCCCCCACCACCUCCUCCUGUUUCUCAGGAAGCUUUCCCAGAAAUAGGGAGUUCCCCUGCUAUGCCCGAGAGCUCCAAUCAUUUGUUGGCUUCAGAAACAAUUACAGGUUCUGUAACAGUACAGCCUGAGGAAACAAAUACAGUAACCACCACAGCAGUAAUAGAAGCAGCACCUACAGAUUCAAAGGAGGAAUCUGCGAUGUUGCUGCGUUCAGUGUCAGAGCUGCAGAAGGCUGAGGUAAUUCCUCAAGCACCCACUUUGUCAUUGGCCAAAAUCAAACCCAGUGAACCUCCUCAGACAGUUUCCCCUCCAGCAGCUUCUGCAUCAGAUCAGUCUUCUUCUAAAGUCCAAGUUCAGCCUUCUCAAGAAAAUCCUCCAGGAGCUGCCUGUACACCACUGGCUUCUUCUACAAUCGCACCUGCACCCCCACCAACUGCUCCUCCGGCUCCUCUCCUGGCUCUAGAAAAGCAGGCCCCUGGAAACUUCAGGAAGCAGCCAAGCCUGUCAAGUCAUGAGAGUAAGAACAAGGAGCUGCUUUCACGGAGCAAAAGCAUGCCCCCACCCAAAGAGGACGCCAGCAUCCCUCUGGUGACGCCGUCCCUUCUGCAGAUGGUACGUUUGCGAUCUGUCAAUGUGGGAGGUGACCAAGCCAAGGCCCCCGAGGAGGAAACCAAAUCGAGUGAUGGAAACGGAUCGAGCCAGGACCAGAGCCAGUCCCAGAAUCAGAGCGUACCCCAAAAGCCGAUCCGCAAAUCUCUUUCUCUAAAGUCUCCACCUGCUUCCGCGCCUUCGCCUUCCAUGAGACUCCAAGAAGCCAUUCGCAUGAAGACGGCCGCCAUGUCUUCCAAAGAUGGAUACCAGGCCAGACUCGGCCUACGGUCAUCCUCCUCUUCCACAGCCAGCAAUGAACCGGGGGCAUCUUCCCCAAGGUCCCCAGAGGAGGGAGCCCUUCACAAAUCUCCAGCCUCCACUGCCAGCUUCAUCUUCUCCAAGAGCACAAAGAAAGUUGUCAUCGAGACGCCCUCGUCGCCAGAGGCUCAGACCGAUCUCAAGAAGAACCUAGUGGCAGAGCUCAUGUCGGUCUCCAGCCCCACUAAAACGGCGACAAGCCCCCCACCGUUCAGCGGCAAACCAGCAACUCAGAAGAAACCAGGCAAAGUGCCACCCCCUGUGGCCAGAAAGCCAUCACAUGUAUCAAACAACCCAGUCAAGCCCGCAAGCCCAACAACAAAGACGGAGAACUCUCUGAGUGAGCAGCAGACUUUGUCCACUGCAGAAGGGGAGCUGAAGGGGCCAGACACACACGAGCAGAUAGAGAGCGUGCAACCUGCUGGCCAGCAAGCACUACCAAAGGAGAAAACGGAAUCUGCAAGCAAUCCAGAAACUGGAAACCCGGUGACAUCUUCCACUUCAUGAACGAAGUCCAGCAUCUGAAGACUGACCGGUCAGAAAUUCAGGAACACCUCUCUCAGGGACCUGAACAGGUCAAAGGUCAAGAGAGAGAGAAGACUGGAGCUUUUCAAAGGGAGGACACUUUAUGAUAAGCCUUAGCCUAAAAAUGGCCUUCAUAUUUAUGCAAAAAAUGGUGUUGGUCUUUAAUUUCUUUAAUAUAAUAGCUUUAUUAUGGAGUAUUUUUUUAAAAUCCUAAAGACUUUAUGCUUUGGCGAAUUGUAAAAAGAGCUCUAGUGCGAUGACCUGGGCACUUUGGGCUCCAGUUCUGUGGAUUGUUCCCAUCUGGUGCUUGACUGCAAGUCUAGGUCUCCACCUAGUGGUUGUAACAGGUAGAAACCACUGCUGCCACGUUUUGGGGGAAAAAAAAUCUUCAAGACAGCUGGUGGAUGGCCAGUUCUGUGUGUAUAACACCUGGAAGCUCUAUUUUCCAUUAAAAAAUGCACUAUUCCUUUUUGGAGUGUAGCUGAAAAUACUACUACUAUAUCCCUUUGCUGUUGGUUUUAAUACUGUUAUUUGUUAAAAAAUUAAGCUUAUUUUCUUUCUAAAGGACCCAAUACAGUAUCCAUUCCACUUGAAAAGAUUGAAAAGUACAUCUUUUUUUUGUAUUUUUCUUUGUUUCAAACAAAGGAUGUUACAGACCUUGCAAGAAAAACAUAAAUUUGUACUAUCCUCUACUUUUCGUUUUGUGUGGGGGGAAAAAGUAGGUUGUGCUUGACAAAAAGGGAUAUUGCAUCUUUAAAUUUUUAAAAAAUGAUAAAGUUGGCAAUCAUUAAAGCACUUUGUAUGAAUUAAACCUGUUGCUAGGAUGUCCCAAGUUAUGGGAAUCUGCAAAGCAGUGAGAGUAUGGCCGAGAGUAUGGUCCAGUAAAGUCCUUCAUUCCACCAACUUAAAUAUUAGGAAAUUAGCUGCUUUUUAGUUAGGCUCUAAGGCAAAAAUGUAUAAGACACUAUUGCACUGUUCCCAGAAAAUAUAACAACUUAAAGAAUUCUGUCUAACUUUCAAAGGGGAAACUGGAGUUGUAAUUAUUUUGUAUAUUUUGUAAUUUUCACCUUUUUUCCCCAGUUUGCCUCUUUUUUUCCCAGAAAGACUGUUUGGUUUACUGGGGCUGGAUCUAAUUCUAUUAGACAGAUCGCAAUGCCUGUUUUAGUCUUGUGCCCAGUGGCUGAAUAUCUGCUGCUCAAGACUGGACUUCACAAACGUGGACAAUUCCUUUGCAUUUGAGGUACUGCAGUUUGGGGGGGAUUAAUGCUAGGUAGGCUGGCUAAGAGCUGGAACUUGGACAGAAUAGAAAUCUGUUUCUGUAUAUGUUUGAUCUGCUUAAACUUCUGUUCACUAACAUCCUCUCCUGAGAAAAGUGAGUUUUUCAUGUCAUUAUUAUUUGACUGGUACAAAUGGGUAAAGCCUUACUUUUAUGGUUACUGUUACUGUUCUAUGGAGAUUGAAAACAGAGAGCUGUCUUGGUCUUUUGUGCAGACCAAGGUGAUAGUCUGUUCUCCAGAGAUUUUUGUCCCAGAACACAACCAACCUCCUGGUUGCUGUCAGGGCAGUGAUGGGACACUGGUGUGCACUAGAACAACACUCACAUUACCAUUUUCUGAAGCCUUUGAAUCCUUCAUUUGAUAAAAAAAAUACAAAGUUUUGCUGUUGCGCAUUUCAAAGUGUGGGAUGUAUCCAUUUUUGCUUCCUGUUCUGAAGGAUAAAGGCUUCCUAAUUUUCACUGGCACGGUGCACGCUGGUAAUUGGGGUAUUGAGUGUUUUGUCUUUUGUCUUACCUUGUAGAAUUAAAAUACCCUUCAAGUCAAGAGUGAGGCAGUUGCUUUUUGUAAAGCUUAUUGUUGUGAGUCAACCACAUGCUUAGGAGGGAACGGCCGGGCUGAGUUGAGUACUCCGGCAUGACAAGGCAGAAGUGAGGAAGAGGAGCACAGUGAAGGGACAUGAGCCAUUUGGUCAUACAGUGCAUGCCACCAGCUGUGGAAAAGGAAACCAAACAUGGUAUAAACGCAGCAGGUCACCUGAAAACUGCAAACACACCAUGGUAAACCUCUUCAAGGGGUGCCACUACAGGGGGGAGAGCACAUUAGAUGGCUUUCUGUCACAAUACCUAGUGUCUGGAUGCAGGAUCGCCAGUGCCGGUCUUGGAGGGCCACUGUGCCUGCUGGUUUUCUAGGCCUCUGUUCAGAGCCAGCAGCUGGAGAGCUGGGAGAAGCUGCUGAAGAAACGCACAUGGCCAGUAGUGAGCUGCUGCAGGCUGUCACAAUCCCAGCUCCACCCUCCAGGAGUCCUACGCAAGCAACCUGACCUUGCUUAGAGAACGAAUCUGUUCAUUGUUAACCUGCAAUAACUUGACCACUGUUUUUCACUUUUUUAAGCCUUUGUGUUGAGACGAAGAAACAGAUGCAAGGAAUUAAGCUGCCCGUUUGUGCAGAUGUUGGAGUUCACCAUCGCAGUAGAUCGAGGGUCUCGGACACAGUAACUGGAAGACCCAGUGUUUUCUGCUUUUUGAUCCAUCUUGAGCAGUCAAACACUUAACCUUCUUCUGGAUACAAGCAAGAAUUUUCUUAAGGUCUUUUACAGUGUAUAACGUGAAUUAUGCACUGGAGUAAAGGUACAGUUACUUAAGAAACAUCUUGGAGCCUGCACAGAUGUGUUACAGGUUCACAGCAAAUUAAUUAGACCAGAUCUGUAACUGUGAGUUCAGGUGGAAGACUCUGGUCCCUAAAUUGUUUCAGAUUGUUUCAAGUGUUACAGAUGAUCCUGGAAGUCAAAUAGGGGCUGAUCUCAUAUGUAACAUUAUAUAGUUUACAGCUAUGGAAAAGAAUUGUCUUUUUUAGGAUCACCUCUGUUCAAUAUCAAUAGGUUUGUCUUUGAUGAAAGGGUCAAAGUAAGCUAAGCUCAUGUUUGUGUUGUGGGCAAAUCGCAUUACCUUCGUAUUCACUGGAGAUCACUGACAUGUUGUAAGCAGAUCACUUCCAUCAACAGCGUUACACACUCCUAAACUCAUAGAAGGAACUCUUCUAUAAUCUGCAAUGUGCUCCUGACUUUUGUAUGUUAUCUUCUCCAUUGUAAGUAUUACUUCAAAACUCACUUUUAAUUGUCUGUUGCUGUUCUAUAUAUGAAUUACAUGCAUAAAACAUGCAGUACUACACUAAAGUUUUUUUUUAUGAUUUCAAUGGGAACAGGUCUCAGUUUUCCACUGUGUACAAACAAUACCUUCUGCCUUGGAAAUCCAAAGUAAUUAUAAUAAAUGUACAGUUUAAAUGUCUUUGUUUAAACAAAAGUAUAAAUAAAAUGCCUUAGAAUUCUUUAA